CCCACACACUGCUCUUUUUGGGUACUCAACCACAGAAGCACUUCUCCGCCUUUCACCUCCCCCCGCCGUACCGUUCACGACAAGUUUGUUCUCAUAUUUGUUUAUAAACCGUCACACGGGACUGAUAUCUUAGACCCAGGAGUCACUACUGUUUGCUUUUCUCUGCCACCUUUAAAGCCACAGCUCCCUUUUUUACCUCCACACCUAAUACUUUCUACAACACAAAAUGGCUAACGCUCUUGACCAGGUCUGGCUUGGUGUCAUUCUCCUCAUUAUCGGUGGUGUCUGUACCGGCGUGCAGGGCCCGAUGAACGGCAAGCUCGGUCUUUCGACUUCGGGCUCGUUCUCAGCCUUCCUGUCGUUCGCCCUCGGCUUCUGGCCACUCUUGAUCUAUUUCCUCGCCGACACCAAGGGCGGGAAGACCGUCAACUGGUCCGAGGCCGCUCGCGGCGCCCCGGCCUACGCCUGGCUCGGUGGUGUGUUCGGUGGUAUCUUCGUCCUGAUCCUGACCCUUGUCAUUCACCGUCGCGGUGCUGCUAUCACCAACGGCGUUAUUGUCGUGUCGCAGCUUGUCGUCAGUGUCAUCAUUGAUGCUACUGGCGGUCUCGAGACCACCAAGCGCCCCGUUACCGGCCUGCGCGGUGGUGGCCUUGCCUGCAUGAUUGUUGGCAUUGCUAUGGUCACCCUCUUCUAAUUCACCCUCUCUCCUUCAAUGCAACUGGUUUUGCAUUGAUGCUGCUUGGCCCCUUUCAAGCACCCUUCUAUAUUUUCACCCCACUGAACUUUUGGCAAACCUCUCUUCUCUAGUGCAUUUUUCGUGACUCCUUUUUCGCGUGUGUUUUAUGCGUGUGCUAAUAGGCACAUUCGACCCCCUUUUACUAUACUUUCGGUUCCCACUUUUUGACGACAUUUUUCCAUAUAUUUCUCUCUUCUAGGCUCUUCUUUUUGUACUGUAAACCUCUUUGUUUUCUAGCAAUUUACAAACUGUAUCUUUUUGCUCUUUAAAUCAAUGGAUGAAAACAGC